AUGCUCGGCGGGCCCAGGCGGGCCGCAGAGGCAGGUCGAUGGGCGCUUCGAGUCGGUGCGAGCAAGUCAUACAGCGGCUUGGGUGUUUUGUAUGAAGCGCUGCCGCCAUCGUUCCUGUGCCCAGCCAUCGAAACGCUUACAUCAAAGCCGAACGCGAUCACAACGACGGCCGGACCCUCCUCAUCCUCGUCUGUCUCACGGCAUCGAUCGCAGUCUAAGAGGGCAACUCGGAGCUCACUCACGUGUGGAUACUCUGCAGCAGGGCCUUUGGCCCUUGCUUCACACCUCCAAUUGACUCGCGCAUACUCUUCUCAAGCAGCUGUCAGCACAAUUUGCGACGAUGUGCGACCUGUGCACCACACCCCUCAAGGAGCUCAGUCAGAUGUUUGGCAUCAGCCAGGAUACACACAGCACCAUACGGAGGAAUCAGUGAAAACACCCGCUCGGCAACCAGCUCGACCUUCGGUUGCACCAUCCGACUGGCGCAGAAAGUUCCCAAGCACACAGUGGAGGAGGGAGAUGGACUUCAAUCGGUUUAGUCCGCCGCUGAGACGACGCCAUCUUCCCGAUGACGCCCCAGCGCUAUACGAAGACGAAAUCAAGGCGUCCGCAGCCUGGUUUCCCGAAUCACGAUGGACUCUCAGCGUUCCAGACGAUUACCCAUUCAAGCAUGAGCUCUUCCUCAUACUCGACAGCUUGGACGAUAUCUCGCAAAGCAAGUCCGACCCCGACUGCGCCGACUUGCUCUCUGAGACGCUUCGACAAGCAAGGGAACACAUUUGGUCCAACGCCCUCGGUAGAUCGCAGGACAGGGAUGUCGCCUUUUACCUCGCCGGAAAAGUGGCCGAAGUUUACAUAAAAGUGGAUGCCGAAGACUCCAUGGACCGACUCAUGUCCUUUCUCAACUACGUGCACAGCCAAAUUGGCGUACUGCCGCUGUCUUGCUUCCACACCCUGGCAGCGCAAGCAGGAAUCGCUAGACGCUACGAUGCAGCGCUCCAGAUAUGUGAAGUCGCACAAUCGCAUCACAGCGGAAAGGCCGACGCGGAGCUUCUUCAUCUCCGUUUGCGGGCUCUGAUCGCACAGUCAAAAGAUGUGGACCUCACCAGGUAUUGGGACCUUUUCGAGCGAAGCAAAGUUGCUGUUCCGCGCAAGACCUUCGAUCUACUCUUGCGAACACACGUGCGCCGACAGGACCUAGAGCAGCUCAACCACGUGCUGGACGCCAUGCCGCAGCACGGACACACAGUCGACGCCAAAGCUUGGCUCACCAUCCUCCGCGGCUUCCAAAGCUUCAGACCGACACUCGCGACGAUGCUCAGACGGGAUGCCAAAAUUGUGCAGAGCCCAACUCUCAAUGUGGUCAACCAACUUUUACUAUUGUUGUCCAAGGAGCUGGACGUAGAUGGUGCUCUGAUGGUACUGCGCAUCUUUCGCAUUCCGUCGAUUCAGCAAGGUGCGGGCACAGCCGACCUUCCGACACCAGAUGAUGAAAUUUCGAUCAUCAAUGGACCCAGCCCGCAGCCGAACGUAGAGACGUACGCCGUUCUCGCGCACAUGUACGGUCGGCUCGGACGGUGGCAACAAGCGCUCGAGUUCUACCGGAUGGCGUUGUUUGUUUCUGACAGUCAUCGUGACGACGAUGCUACCCUCGAUUAUCUUCAACAGUCCGCCGCGUCGGUCAUGAGAGCUUACUUCAAUGCCGGGCGACCAGUUCGAGCCAUGUCAUUCGCUCACGAGGUGCUCAAUUUGCCCUACUUCGGAAGUGGCGAAGGCAAGGAUGCUCCAUCCAUCAACUUUGACCUGCCUGCGUCGCCUAGAUGCAAGAUGUCGCCCACCACAUUCCACUAUCGCGUCCUUCUCGAGUGCGCAUCUGCCAUAGGAUCCGCGGACUGCGCCCGCAGGAUCCUUGUCCAUCUCUUGCAGCACGGUCACACGAUCGACAAGCAAGUGCUGCGCGGGCUGGCUCGCCUUGUUUUCUCGACCAUCGAUCAGGACGCGUUCGAGUCGAUUCGGGUCAUCCGACGGCUGCUGUCCAAGUCGCACGACAAACAGGGCACUGAGCGCAGUCAGCGACUUGAAUCGCUGUCCGAUCUGGUGCGGUAUCUAGGCGCAUCCGAGCGAGCCGUGCUGGUAUCGCAAAAUGCUACAGAUCUCGAACGUAGCGCUAAUGCCACCGUGACUCAUCCAGAACUGCAGCGGUACUCCCUCCACCAUUCAACAGGCACGCUUUCAAAGGACGAAUUCAGAGACUGGCUCAUCAAGGACUCCUCGCCCCUGCUGCCUACUACAUCGACCGCCCACAAUGCCGUUGAUGACGCAUCAUCGGCACUCAUCCAGGAUCUGAGCCAUCCGCUCUCGUACGAAGCAUACGCCAUGCGCAUUCGGGUCUACGCUGUCGUUCGACGAGACUAUGAAUCAGCGCAAAAAGUAUACCAUGCUAUGCUUUCGCACGGCGUCAAACCGACCAUGAUGCAUAUUGCACCUCUCAUCGAGGGCCUCAUUGCUGUAGGCAAGCUGGACGAAGCACAGCGAUUGAAAAGGAACGCGCGAGAAGUAACGUCGCUCGAGCCGACCCUACGGAUCCACACUGCGUUAAUUCGGGCGUACGUUCGCGCUGGCGAUUUUGAUUCCGCUCGCAAGGAGAUCAAGGAGUUGACGAGCAACGGCUUCGAGAUGGAUGAUACCAUCGCCAACAUUAUCGAAGCUGCGCAGUCGGGCAGGCGUAAUUUUGCGUUGGUGGAUCGACCGGUGAACGAGAAAGAUAGUCACAGUGUCGCUACGAGGUUCCAUUCCUUGAUGAGGAUGGGCAGAUACUUGGCCGCGCAGGAGAUGCUGCAAGCUGCACUGGAUGCGGGGAUGAGGUCGGACAAAGUGCUGCAUGAUCUGGUCAGGCGCUCGGUCGGGUUCGUGCAGAAGGAGCAUGCGAGAGCGCUCGCGUCAUCCCCUGCCCACGCACAGGUCGGUCGUGGAAAGCGACGCAGAAAAUCCAAGGAAGCUAAGCCGGUUAUCGGAUCGCACGAGUUCGAGUUAGCUCAAAGCCUCCGUCUGGCCCGGACCAACCGUGAGCGGAUCACAAAGUCGAUGGCGAAACACUCCGAGAUCAAACGCAAGCAGAUCAAGGAGCACAGGAAAAAGGUCGUAUCGCUCGUGCUGGAUUUUGCGGAUGGCAAGUUGCAUCAGCAGGCGGGUCUGUCGCCGAGCGACAAAGCAUAG